AUUCGAAUCGCUGAUAUGUGGGGUCCAGUGUGCCCUCAAAAGCAUCCAGACAUCUCAGACGAUGGUGAAGCGCUUAAAAGAAUGCCACAUGGUAGGCUGCGGUACUUGAAAAGAUUGAUUCCUCACCUUAAUCACCAGAGCGAGGAUUGCUUGUAUCUUAACAUCUACGCACCAGCUGUCGUUGGGAGGCAGCCUUUAAAAUUACCUGUGAUGGUGUACAUUCAUGGAGAGUCGUACGAAUGGAAUGCUGGGAAUCCAUACGAUGGUCGAGUUUUGUCCAGUUAUGGAAACGUCAUCGUCGUCACAAUCAACUAUCGUCUGGGUGUUUUAGGUUUCCUUCCAGCGAUGGACCGUUUAGCGAGAGGAAAUUACGGCUUAAUGGAUCAAGUAGCAGCUUUGCAUUGGAUUCAGGAAAAUAUUCUUGAAUUUGGAGGAGAUUCAGACAAUGUAACUAUUUUUGGACAAGGUCACGGAGCGGCGUGCGUCAACUUUCUCAUGCUGUCACCAAUGGCUAAAGGUUUGUUCCAUCGAGCCAUCAUGCAAAGUGGUUCAGCCUUAUCCCCCUGGGCCAUAGCACGAGAUGCAGUGUCACACACCCAAAGGCUCGCUGAAGCUCUCAACUGUUCGACGCAGGACAGCAUGGCCCUCAUUGAGUGCCUAAGAAGAAAACGAUUGGAAGACAUCAUGUCCAUAAACCUCCCCGUUCCAGACCACCUGACCGGAUUCGGACCGACAGUGGAUGGUAUCGUUCUGUCACAUGAUCCUCUGUAUUUGAUGGAGACGAAGCCGGACCUGUUUCUUCGAUACAACUUGCUCUUGGGGACGACAAAAGUGGAAUCGUAUUUUAGAUUCUCUGCAAAUGAAGAGAUGUUCGGUAUUCGGACUCAUCGAAGGGACAAGAUAUUAAGAACCCUCGUUCGAAAUCUUUUCAACCAUCAUUUACAACAGAUCUUUCUCACCGUGGUGAACGAAUACAUGGACUGGUCUCUACCAUUGCUCCACACAACAGAUAUUUUCUCUGGAACAGUCUCUGCUCUCAGUGAUUCCCUCGUCGUCUCGCCCCUCAUCCGCACUGGUAUGAUGCACAGCAAUCCCAAAUUCCAGCCAGGUCUCAAACCACUGUUUUACGUUCAGCCGAAGACGUAUUUUUACGUCUUUGUCCACCAAACCGAAAACGGCGACUACUCUCCGAGGUUGGGCUGCAUCACUGGUGAGGACAUCGCAUACGUCUUCGGAGCGCCCUUGGUUUCAGCGUUGUCUCACUUUGGAACAAACUACACAGCAGAGGAAAUGGCUCUUUCUGAAAUAACGAUGCUGCACUGGACAAGUUUCGCUAAGUAUGGAGAUCCAAAUGUUGGUACGCAGCUGGGAGAUUUGAAGAUGGAAAUAACUCGAGGAAGAUAUGAAAGAGUCAUAUGGCCAGAGUUCACCUCCAAUCAUCAGAAGUACCUCAGCAUAUCAUUAAAGCCCCGUGUUCGAGAUCAUUACAAUGCCCACAAGCUCUCUUACUGGUUGCGCCUGAUUCCACAUCUAGAUAGUGUUGAUAACACCACAUCAGAUAGGCAUCACCUCCUAGAUGACCAUCAUAAUAUGUCUUCCUAUGACGGAAACGUCCGUGACUUGUACGUGGACGUAAUCCAAUCAACGGCGAAUGACGUUUUCUCGGGGGCGAACAUUACCAGUCAGGACGCCAGCUUGGACCAAUCAAAGGCCAUUCCCGGAAACUCAACGGAUAUUCAUGUGUUUGGAUUGGAUAAAGGAGCUUAUUUAUCAGCGCUUGGAGUAACAAUCGCAGUUGGUUGUUCUUUGUUGAUGCUGAACAUUGUUGCUUUUGCAGCAAUAUAUUACCAGAAAGACAAGUUAAAUGUCGCCAAAAACGUCCAAAAAGCGUUUUACAAGGUUGAACAUGGCCCAGAAAGCGAAGAAGAGUCGUCCUAUAAAAAACCAUAUCUUCUUAAAGAUGCCCCAUCCUCCCUCAUCCUUCAUGACUUCGAACCACUACAGCCGUUUAGCAAGGAACAACCAAUAUUCGAUCUGGUGGAGACGAACGAGAUCAAACGGCAACUCGAGGAUUCUUCAGCAACAGAAUUAAUUAAAAGUGAAAAACCUCAAAAAGUCAUAAAAACAGUCACAUUCUUAGAUGCUGAGCCUUUACUCAUUGAACCACCCGAAAUCAUUUCAUCACCCGAACCCAGCAACCGGACGUGUCACCAUGAACAUUUGACUUUCAAGCCGCCGCCAAUAACAGAAUCAGAACCAGAUAUCGACAGCUAAUGCACUUUGCAAGAGUCUUUAUACGAAAACGUCCAUUUAGAAGUGAAAUGAGAUUUUUUAUCAAAAGAAAUGUUUAUCAUUUAAAGAGCUUUGGACCACUGAAUCUUCUAUCAAUGACCA